GCAGCCCAUUCCGUUUUAAUCGCCGUUGUCUUCUUCACACUCACCCUUUCUAUCUUGUUCGCACUCAACAGCAAUCUUCAAUUCAAUCUCUGUCCAUCGCUUGAGCUGUGCUUGUGCUUGUACCAAAUGGCUUCUAUAACGCACGUCUCACCAUCCCAACUCCUUUCCAAGACAGGUGAAUUUGGGGUUGUGAGAAAUCCUCAUGUGGCUCGCUUUGUGCGGCUGCCGCUAUCCCUGAAGAAGACGCGGAGGAUGACGGCGGUGGUCUCAGCCGUCACGGCCGGGGAGAAGGCCAAGAAGAGGUAUCCCGGCGAGAGUAAGGGUUUUGUGGAGGAGAUGAGGUUUGUGGCCAUGAAACUCCACACGAAGGACCAGGCAAAGGAAGGGGAGAAGGAGCCUCAGGGAAAGCCGGUUGCUAAGUGGGAGCCUUCUGUUGAGGGUUACUUGAAGUUCUUGGUUGAUAGCAAGUUGGUUUAUGAUACUCUUGAGAGGAUUGUUGAUACAGCUGCCUUCCCCGAAUAUGCUGAAUUUAGGAACACGGGGCUAGAGAGAUCAGAAAGUCUUGCAAAAGAUCUUGAAUGGUUUAAGCAGCAGGGACAUACAAUUCCAGAACCAUCUUCUCCUGGAAUUAGAUACAGUCAGUACCUCGAGGAGCUGUCUCAGAAAGAUUCUCAAGGGUUCAUAUGCCAUUUCUACAAUACGUAUUUUGCCCACACGGCUGGUGGCAGGAUGAUAGGGAAGAAGGUAGCCGAGAAGAUCCUUAAUGGCAAGGAAUUGGAGUUCUACAAAUGGGACAGUGACGUGUCUCAACUAUUGCAGAAUGUUCGGGACAAACUCAAUAUUGUUGCUGAAAGCUGGACUAGAGAGGAGAAGGAUCGUUGCCUUGAAGAAACUGAGAAAUCAUUCGAGUUUUCGGGUGAUAUUCUCCGUCUCAUGUUGUCCUGAUGCCAUAGUACUGUACUUUAAGCAUUUGUAAUUUGAGGUUGCAAUUUGUAACCACUGUUCAUAGUCCAGACCAGUGACCUCAUUAUCAAUUGUUGUGCCAAGAUUUUGCUUGUGUACGAUUUAUAUUAUAUUAUUCCAGUAAAGUGCGCGUGCAAUGCACGUGGUUAUAAAUUCUGUUGCCGAU